AUGGAAGAAAAAAUUAUCAGUAGUUCAGAUCCAGUAAAUAAGAAGAUUUUUAGGAACGACGCUAUCUAUUAUAACAAACUGUUUAACUUUUUUGUUGUGGAAUAUUUUUUAAUGGGAGCGCAAGGGCUAAUAUUGGGAAUAUACUUAAUUCCAUUUAAACAAGUUCUAAUGCCUGCGUUUUGGUGUCCCCUUCAAACCGAAGAUAAUGUGAUCUUUAGCGCCUUAUUGCAAAUUUUUGCCGCGGUAUAUGGAGCAGCAGCAUAUGCUACGCAUGAUAUGUUGUUUGGGUGUAUUAUUAUGUAUGCCACAGCAAGAACUAAAGUUUUUGAUCAUCAUAUCACACAGUUUAUAGAAUCUGCUCGACAAAACGUAUGUUCGCCCAAAAAAGAGCUAAAAAUGCUGAUUAAAGAACACCAUGAUUUGAUUGACCAGUUUCUUUACGCCCUUCUAAAAGUAAGUAAAUUUUGUAGCGCGAACAAAAUGAAUAUUGAAAGUUUGUUUCACUUUAGUAAAGUAUUUGUGAUUAUCGUGGAAAACUGGUACAUUAAUUAUCAUGCGAACGAGUUAAUAGUUACGAGCAAAAAACUGUCAUCAAGUAUUUUUUCUAACGGAUGGUACGAUUUGGACGAAUCUACUAAAAAAAGUCUUAUGUUGAUGAUGAUAAGAUCCCAAAGACCUUUAAAAAUUGAUAUUGGUACUAUAUACUUUUUGGGAACUAAACUGUUUAUUAAGAUUUUAAAAGGAGGAUAUACUUUUAUUGUAUUCUACAACGUUUAA